CCAUCCGGCCCGGACUGCUAUCAAUAGGAAUGCUGAAGAAAACCACCUCACUAUAGAUUAGACCUGAUAGAGACUCUAUCGCUUCAAUCUUCAUUAAUUUUUGGUUUCCCGUUUUCUUCGUAGGGUCUCUGCCUCCACUAAUUUCUUAACCGAUCGAAAAGCGCCACUUUCACAUUCAUAAUCCUCUCCAAAGCUUAAUCUCCCCAACUUCCUAGAAUUAUUUCAACAAGUGAUGGAUUUCUGUUGCAGCCAAAACCAAAAACACCCAUCCAAACACAACAAAAAGAGACUAAAUCCUGAGCAAGUGAGGCUCCCUGAUAGAAGCUUCACUUCUAACAACAAGCUAGAGCCUGAGCGCAAGCUUCAGCUAGCAGAACAACUCGUUUUGCCCCUGAGACAGGUUGCUAUUUGGUACCAAAACAAGCGAGCUCGGUGGAAGACCCAGAGCCUUGAGCUUGAACACAACGUGCUUCAUCAAGAGCUAGAAAAUGCAUUAGUUGAAAAUAGGUGGCUCGAGAAAGACAUGGAGCGGCUUAAAGGAGAGUUGGCGAAAGCUCAAGAUAUGGUUCUUCCUUUGAAGCAAACUGGGUCGGCUCAGGGCAUGACACAGACGGUAUAGUCUUGCAAAAUACAGACCAACAAGGAAUCCGGAGGUGGAACCAUUACCUCGAGCUGCACCAAGGACAUGAGGCGGCAACUCCUGAACCAAACAAAGUUGAGGAAGAGCAAAAGCGAUCUUGAGUUUGAAGAACUACAAGGUUUCAAGGACUUGGGUUUCACAUUUGACAAAGACUUCAACCCGGAUGUGGUUAAGAUACUUCCUGGUUUGCAAGGGAAGAAGUGUGAGGAGUUGGAGGAAGAUAAGUUGAGGCGGCCUUAUCUUUCUGAGGCAUGGUUUGCAAAGCUGUGGCCCCCCAAUUCCAAUCUGGGCAUCCGAAGGGUCUAUGGCAUGGUGGCACAAAUCAAGUUUUGGGCUAGAGCUGUGGCUUUGAACGAAGGGUCUAUGGCAUGGUGGCACAAAUCAAGAGUGCUGCAGAUCGAUCAACAAAUGAAAUUUGACACCAGAAUGAGAUUUGCUAUGCCUAUCAUGCUAAAUCUAUCUAAUCCAUAAGAAUUUGCUAUCCCAAUCAAUGCCAUCAUGCAAAACUAUCUACUCCAUGAGAACUCUGUAGUCUGAUAACUUUUUUUUUGUCUUUUUGCAAUUCCUUGUUACAUCAAUUGUAGAGAAAAACACCUAUGAAAUCCUAAAUUAAA